AUGUGUCGUCAUGGCAACGCUGUGUUUUGCUGUGUGAUGUGAUCGCGCUCUCCUGAACAAGAGGAAUACGGACGUGUCUCCAGGAUCUUGCGAGGCUGACUUUCUUUUGAUAUUCAGCAACACCAUCCAGUUGCGAUGUCUGCUCAAGAUACUGUCAUCGACUUCUCUGCCUUGGAGCUGGAGUGUCGGGCAGCGGUGGAGCUGGACCACAAGUACCGUCGAGAGAACGACGCUAAAUUGCGAGCGGUCAAUCAGCGGGUGGCAUCAUAUCAAGAGUUCAGGGAUCUGGUCCUGGCCAGCAACCUGAAACCGAUCCACAAGACGGUGAGAGACGGGAUACGGAAGCAACCCUGGAACCCGGUGGUCACCUCGAGUCACAAUCACGUGACCUCCAGCCACAUGAACCAGUGACCUGUCAAGUGUUUUGUUAAUUUAAAUAAAGGUUUCCCUGUGUUGAACACGCUCAUCGUUUCUGACACAAAUCUCGAACGUGACUUUGGAGGUAGGAAAU